GAAAUCCAGUUCUAAAUCCCAUUGUCUUUUACCGAGAUUAAAUAAAUCAGCAUCUGACUCUAAUCUUGCUAGAACUUUGAGCAAACUGCCAACAGCCAAGUCCCCCCUUACGCGAAGUGCUUCUCAGUCAAAGGUGUCGAGACCUAGUUCGCUAUAUGCCCCACAAUAUUCCCUCUAUGCAAAUAAUGCUAUGAGUAGAUCUACCAGUGAUAUUAAAAUUGAAGAAAAGUCACUUAAAAAUGGAAUAGUUAAACCCCCAAAUGGAUUAGUUAAACCCACAAAUGGAAUAGUUAAACCCCCUAAUGGAUUUAUUAAACCACAAAAUGGUUUAGUGAAACACCAGAAUGGUGUGGUUAAACCAGUUUAUGGUUUGAUAAAACACAAAAAUGGAUUAGGGGGACCAAAAAAUGACAGUGUUGUUGCCAAAAAUGGAAUCAAAAAUUCUCUAAAUGGAGUAAAUCCUACUGAUGCUGUUAAAAUUGCCAGCAACAAUACAAAUAGUCCAUCUAAAAAUGACCAUCUACAUCCAAAGUACAAACAGGAUGAAACUAUUGUUGAAAAACAAAAUAGUAGAGACAUCUCCGCAGCUGAUGAAGCUUUGCUCAAAAAUGGAAUUAAUUUUGUCAAAAAUGGAAAAAUUCCAAUCAAGAAUGGUCUCAGUCAUAAUGCCAUGAAUAAACUCGUGUUGAUGAGUGGUAUUCCGAGACCAGGAUCUCCCCGGCCUAAUAUAAGGACUCUGUCCCGUAUAGGUGAUUGUUUAUGUCUAUCGAGAAUGGUUUUGCAUGAUAGCAAAUUUGAGUUAUUAUUUUUGUUUGCGAUACAUUUUGAUGGUCAUGCUAUGAUUACAUAUUUUUU